AUGGAAGGCAGAUACAACAACUCUUCCUUUGUCAGCCAGCAUGAAGAAUCUGUGAAUACUUCUGAAAAGGGGCCAGAGUCUCCGGUCUCCGACAUCAUCAACGAUGGGAAGAUAUCUUCUACUACUACUACUACCACUGCCAUAGCAUCUCCCAGGAAAAGUAGACGAGCUGUGCAAAAGAGGGUGGUAUCGGUGCCGAUUGCAGACUUGGACGGGUCUCGGAUCAAAGGCGAGGGAGCUCCACCGUCCGAUUCGUGGGCCUGGAGGAAGUACGGCCAGAAACCCAUCAAGGGCUCUCCCUACCCAAGGGGAUAUUAUCGAUGCAGUAGUUCGAAAGGGUGCCCCGCGAGAAAGCAAGUAGAGAGGAGCCGCGUGGACCCCACUAUGCUUGUCGUGACGUACGCGUGUGACCACAACCACCCUUGGCCGACCUCCAGAAACCAACAACAAAAACAGCAACAACAAGAAGCCACUACUCCCGCCGCUGCCGUCGUCACAACCGCCACCACAACUGCCACCUCAACGUCCCCAACAACCUCAUCAACUGCCACCGCUGAAGCAGUGCCCGGCACUCGAAAGCUCCAAUCAGAAGAAUCGACGGUUUUCGGGAACCAAGCCGAGAUCGAACCGGACAAGAAAUUCGCAGACCUGGGCGAAGAACCGAUGAUCACCACCGACGACUUCAGUUGGUUCUCUGAUAUGGUGUCCUCGUCCUCCGCCACCAUGCUGGAGAGCCCGUUUUGCGCGGAGAGCAACAGUGGAAGAGAUGCUGACGUGGCUACGUUAUUCCCGAUGGGAGAAGAGGAUGAGUUAUUGUACGCAGAUCUUGGGGAGCUUCCGGAAUGUUCGUUGGUUUUUCGGCGGAUUGGGGUAUUCGAGCACGACGAGGAGCGUCGGCGGUGUGGUUUGAGGGCGGCGCCACUUUGCGGAAGCUCAGGAUGAGAUAUCACGCGCCGCCUCUCUACGUCCGUUUCACACCCUCACAGAGAAGCCAUCAAGCCAAACAACUUGUUGUAGGUAACAAACCAAAUGCGUAUCGUGGGCCAUACGACACAACAGAUUUUGAAAAAACAGACCCAACAUUUUUUUCCCCUUCUUACGUUGGUUUUCAAUAUAAAAUACUAAUAAAAAAAAGGAAAUGUAUGAAAUAAUGAAAAGAGAGGGGAUUUGUUUAAUGGCGGAGAUACCAAGAGUUGUGUCUUGAUCUCUUUGUAA